CUGCUGUUGCACCGCGGCGGAAGCGGCUCUUGUGUUACCGCCACGUCGGAAUAUCAUCUGAAGCGUCCAGUUCCACGGUCAUCUAAAAUUCCUAGAGUGUUUGUCUUAUAACAGCCAUCAUGGUGUCCGUCAUAAACACAGUGGACACGUCCCACGAAGAUAUGAUCCAUGACGCUCAGAUGGAUUAUUAUGGUACGCGACUAGCCACAUGCUCUUCUGAUCGGACCGUGAAGAUCUUUGACGUAAGAAAUGGGGGCCAGAUCCUUGUUGCAGACCUCAGAGGCCAUGAAGGUCCGGUGUGGCAAGUGGCCUGGGCUCACCCCAUGUUUGGCAACAUACUGGCAUCCUGCUCCUACGACAGAAAAGUCAUCAUCUGGAAGGAGGAGGGUGGAACCUGGGACAAGAUGUACGAGUACACUGGUCAUGAGUCAUCUGUGAACUCAGUAUGCUGGGGUCCGUACGACUUUGGUUUGAUCCUGGCAUGUGGCAGCUCAGAUGGAGCCAUUUCCCUCCUGACGUUCACUGGAGAUCAACAGUGGGACUACAAAAAGAUUAACAACGCUCACACUAUUGGCUGUAACGCAGUCAGCUGGGCUCCAGCCGUCGUUCCUGGAAGUCUCAUCGAUCAGCCGUCGGGACAGAAGCCAAACUACAUCAAACGCUUUGUGUCAGGCGGCUGUGACAACCUGGUCAAACUCUGGAAGGAGGAGGACGGUCAGUGGAAGGAGGACCAGAAAUUGGAGGCUCACAGUGAUUGGGUGAGAGACGUUGGCUGGGCCCCGUCCAUUGGUCUGCCCACCAGCACCAUCGCCAGCUGCUCCCAGGAUGGCCGGGUCUUCAUCUGGACGUGUGAUGACCCCGCUGGGAACACUUGGACGGCCAAACUGCUGCACAAGUUCAACGACGUGGUCUGGCACGUCAGCUGGUCCAUCACCGGGAACAUCCUGGCCGUGUCUGGAGGUGACAACAAGGUGACUCUGUGGAAGGAGUCGAUGGACGGGCAGUGGGCCUGUAUCAGCGACGUCAGCAAAGGCCAGGGCGCCGUCUCUGCCAUCACAGACUCGCAGCAGGCCGAGCAGUGACACACACACACAGAAUCUGUAAAUGAUGUGGGACUGGUCAGCUAAUGUUUAGGGUUCUCAUAUUUGGAAAUUAUUGACUGCCCAGACUGAAUCUCAACCAGAUGACCUAGAAAAUCAAAAAAAAAAAUGUGUGAAUCAUUGACUCCACUCCAGAACUGGUGCCUAGCCGUUCCCCUCGAAACAUUCCGACUGUUGACUGGCUCAUUGAUAUUUGUUGGUUAUCAGAGUCUGGGAAACGUAAUGCUUGUGUAUCAGGUCACUCGGUGCUGGAAGUAGACCGGUCAUGUACACGGACAAGAUUAACUCAGCGUCGGAAUGUUUUCUUUAAAGUUGUUCUGGUGGUCUUACGUGAAAGCCAAAAGCUUCUUAUCCAUCUGACACAGUUUUAUAAGCCUGUCUAAACAAGUGUUGGUGAAAAUGAAUGCUUAUGUUGUGAUUAAAUAAUUAAUAUUGAAAACGUCCAGCCUACUUU